GGCCGCGGGAGGAGGGCGGCGAGCGCGCGUGUGUGUCUCUCUCCAGUCAUUUACGGCGGAGCAGCCGGCGCGAGCGCCGAGGCGGCGGCGGCUGCUGGGUACUACUAUGGCUCCCCCCACCUCCACUUCCUUUUUGCUCCUUGAUUCUUCUCCCCACACACACGUCCAUGGGGAGCCGGCCCCCCUGCCAGCACCUCCUCUCCGCUCGGCCCCGUAGAUACCAGCUGCCGCCUCCCUGGCCGCGGGCUGCGCGGGCGCCGGGUGCCCCAGCCCCUGGCGUGGCGCCCAGGUCUCGCCGCCCGCAGCCCGGGCUGGCGCUGCGCUACGCUCGCCCCAACUGACUCCGGGAGAGCGCGCCGAUGCCCGGCUGCACCGAGACGGCGGGCGACCGGGCGUCCGGGGGCAGGGCGGGGACGGCGGGCAGAAGGAGACGUCGUACACUCUGAAGCCCGGAAAAGUUCAAGGUUUGUGCAGGUCUCCCCGGGGAAGGCGAGGAGCAAGGAGGAGCAGUGCGCCCAUUUGCUGAGCCAGCGAGACCUGGGAGGAGAGGCGGGCAGCCGGGAGCUGCAGCGGCUGGCCGAGCCCCUCUCCCUCCUACCGCGUUUACGACCAGGAGGCUGGAGUCGGCGCCCCAGGCGGGCAGGGCUCGGCUCAGGCUUUCCCUCUCCCUCGCGUCUCCAAGCCCCAUCUCCAUGGGGCAGCCUGUUCCGGCCGCGCCACCCUCGCUCCAGCGGCGGAGCCGCGCCCCGGGCAGGCGGCGCUGAGCCGGCCGGUGUGCAGCCCGGGCCCCGGGCGAGACGGGAGAGCGCGCUGGAACCCUGCCUCGAGCUCUGCGAGGGGACCAGCCGCUGGCCGCCCGCCUCCGGCAUUCAGACCCGGCGGCGUCGCGGAGGCUGGUGGAGACCGCAUCGCCGGGCUCGGUGCUACGUGGAAACUUUUCCUUCUCCAGCUGGAUUGAAGUUGCCCAGAUUGUCUCUUUCGUUGCGAAAGAAAUUGCCCGUUUGCACCUAACCUGGGAUUUGUACGCUGGAGCUGCUGCAGGGCGCUUGGAGGAAGGAAGCCGCGCUACCCGUGUGAGCAUCCCACCCAACCCGCAAACACCGGGGCUGGUGCUGGAGAUCUGCACCCUCGCGCGAGUUCGGGUUCGAGCUGGACCGCGCGGCUGGGGGACCCAGCACUCGGCUCUGAGCAGUCCCGAGACGCCGGCGGCCGCGGGGCCCGGCCCGCACGUGCGGCUCCCCCCUGGCCGCUCAGAGCCUGCAGGGGGCACCAGCCGGGAGGCGAAGGCUCCUCCCGCCGGGAGCUGCGCCCGCCCCCACCGGCUCGAGGGUGUCGCCGGCGGCGCCUGGGACGCCCCCUUCCCUCAAACUGCCCCUGAAUUGCACUCCCUGGCCCCAGAGCCUUCGCGGAGACAGCGGGGCGCCACGGCAGUCCCGAGUUGGAUGUGACCCAGACCAGACCGGGGGCCGGGUCGUCGUCGGCGGCUGCCCCCUCGGCUGCCCCCCGCUCCCGCCGUGGCCAUGGCCCCGAGGAUGUUGCGCCGCGGCGGCGCCGCCCUGCUCUGCCUCUCCGUGCUGCUCGCCCUCGCCUCCGGCCGCUCCCACCCAGCCAGCCCCAGCCCGCCGGGGCCCCCGGCCGGCCCAGUGCUGCCGAUCAGCUACCGGCUGUCCCACACGCGGCUGGCCUUCUUCCUGCGGGAGGCGCGGCCCCUGCCGCCCGCGCUGGCCAACGGCUCCCUGCAGCGCUCGGAGCCCUUCGUGGUGUUCCAGACCAAGGAGCUGCCCGUCCUCAACGUCUCCCUGGGGCCCUUCAGCACCAGCCAGGUGGUGGCCCGCGAGCUCCUGCAGCCGCCCAGCACCCUGGACAUCCCCGAGCGCCUCACGGUCAACUGGAAGGUGCGAGCCUUCAUCGUCCGCGCCCGUGUGCCCGCCUCGCAGCCGGUGGCCCAGGUGCUGUUCUACGUAGCCGGCCGGGACUGGGACGACUUCGGCGUCACCGAGCGGCUGCCCUGUGUCCGCCUGCAUGCCUUCCGAGAUGCCCGGGAGGUCAAGAGCUCCUGCCGCCUCAGCGGGGCCCUGGCCGCCUGUCUUGUGCGGGCUGAGCUGCCCCUGGCCUGGUUCGGGCCCCCUGCCCCGGCCGCACCGCCCACCGCCCGACGCAAGUCUCCGGAGGGGCUGGAGCCCGAGUCCGCAGGGGAGAGCCAGCAGGCUGAGCUGUACUACACUCUCCACGCGCCAGAUGCCUCGGGGGGCUGUGGGGGCACCUGGCGGGGGGCUGGGGCCGGAGUGGGGGCCCGGGCGGAGAGCCCUACCCAGCACCCGCUGCUGCGCAUAGGGAGCAUCAGCCUGUUCCGCCCGCCCCCCAGGAGGACCCUGCAGGAGCACAGGCUGGACAGCAACCUGAUGAUCCGCCUGCCCGACCGGCCCCUCAAGCCGGGGGAAGUGCUCAGCAUCCUCCUCUACCUGGCCCCCAACUCCUCCUCCCCCUCCCGCCCCAGCGUGGAGCAUUUCACACUCAGGGUGAAGGCCAAGAAGGGUGUGACCCUUUUAGGCACCAAGUCACGGAGCGGCCAGUGGCACGUGACCUCGGAGCUGCUGACUGGGGCGAAGCACUCAACGGCCACCGUGGAUGUGGCCUGGGCCCAGGGCUCACCCCUGCCCCCGUGGGAGGGCCAGGGGCCCCUGGAGAUCCUGCAGCUGGACUUUGAGAUGGAGAACUUCACCAGCCAGUCGGUCAAGCGGAGGAUCAUGUGGCACAUCGACUACCGCGGCCAUGGCGCUCUGCCCGACCUGGAGCGGGCGGUCACCGAGCUGACGGUCAUCCAGCGGGAUGUGCAAGCCAUCCUGCCCCUGGCCAUGGACACAGAGAUCAUCAACACGGCCAUCCUGACUGGCCGGACGGUGGCCAUCCCUGUCAAGGUCAUUGCCAUCGAAGUGACCGGCCUCGUCCUAGAUGUCUCUGCCCUGGUGGAAUGUGAGUCUGACAAUGAGGACAUCAUCAAGGUAUCCAGCAGCUGUGACUACGUGUUUGUUAGCGGAAAGGAGUCUCGCGGGUCCAUGAAUGCCAGGGUCACCUUCCGCUACGACGUCCUCAGUGCCCCCCUGGAAAUGACAGUCUGGGUCCCCAAGCUGCCCCUGCACAUCGAGCUCUCGGACGCCCGCCUCAGCCAAGUGAAGGGCUGGAGGGUACCCAUCCUCCCCGACCGGAGGUCAGCCCGGGAGAGCGAGGACGAGGACGAGGAGGAGGAGCGGCGGCAGAGCAGCAGCCGCGGCUGCACCCUGCAGUACCAGCACGCCACGCUGCAGGUCUUCACCCAGUUCCACACGACCUCGUCCGAGGGCACCGACCAGGUGGUCACCAUGCUGGGCCCGGACUGGCUGGUGGAGGUCACCGACCUGGUCAGCGACUUCAUGCGGGUGGGUGACCCCCGCGUGGCACGACUGGUAGACAGCAGCACGCUGGCAGGCCUGGAGCCGGGCACCACCCCCUUCAAGGUGGUGUCCCCACUGACGGAGUCUGUGCUCGGGGAGACGCUGCUGACCGUGACAGAGGAGAAGGUCAGCAUCACACAGCUGCAGGCCCAGGUGGUGGCCAGCCUCGCCCUCUCCCUCCGGCCAAGCCCCGGGAGCAGCCACACCAUCCUGGCCACCGCCGCCGCCCAGCAAACCCUCAGCUUCCUCAAGCAGGAAGCCCUCCUGAGCCUCUGGCUCUCCUACAGUGACGGCACCACAGCUCCACUCUCCCUCUACAGCCCCCGGGACUAUGGGCUGCUGGUGAGCAGCCUGGACGAGCGGGUGGCUACGGUGACCCAGGACCGGGCCUUCCCGCUGGUGGUGGCUGAGGCGGAGGGGGCAGGGCAGCUGCUCCGCGCGGAGCUCACCAUCGCGGAGAGCUGCCAGAAGACCAAGCGCAAGAGCGUCCUGGCUACGACCCCCGUGGGCCUGCGGGUGCACUUUGGGCGGGAGGAGGAGGACCCCACCUACGACUACCCAGGCCCCAGCCAACCGGGGCCGGGUGGGGGCGAGGACGAAGCCCGGGGAGCCGGCCCUCCGGGCACGGGGAUGUCCCCACCCGAGGCUCCGGGGCCGGUCACCGCCAGCCCCGCGGUGCCGCCCACAGAAGAUUUCCUGCCGCUGCCCACGGGCCCCCAGCGGGGGCUGACGGACCUGGAGAUCGGCAUGUACGCGCUGCUGGGCGUCUUCUGCCUCGCCAUCCUCGUCUUCCUCAUUAACUGCGUGGUCUUCGUGCUGCGCUACCGGCACAAGCGCAUCCCGCCCGAGGGCCAGACCAGCACGGACCACUCCCACCACUGGGUGUUCCUGGGCAACGGGCAGCCGCUGCGGGCGCAGGGGGAGCUGUCGCCACCGGCCGGCAACCCGCUGGAGACCGUGCCCGCCUGCUGCCACGGCGACCACCACAGCAGCGGCAGCUCGCAGACCAGUGUCCAGAGUCAGGUGCACGGGCGGGGCGACGGCUCCUCGGGCGGCUCGGCCCGGGACCAGGCGGAGGACCCCGCCAGCUCGCCCACGUCCAAGCGCAAGCGGGUCAAGUUCACCACCUUCACCACGCUGCCCACGGAGGAGCUGGCCUAUGACUCGGUGCCCGCCGGCGAAGAGGAGGAGGACGACGAAGAGGACCUGGGUUGGGGCUGCCCAGAUGUGGCAAGCACCACGCGGCCUGCUGCACCCCCAAACUACAUGCGCAGAAACAAAGAGAUGGCGUAGAGGCGCAGUCCCCCGGGGGGUGGGCUCCGUGUGGGACAGGGCCAGGACCCCUGCUCGCCCGGGCUGCUGGCGGCGGACGUGGAUGUUAAAGGCCCUGCCCCUGCAGCUUUGCUCUCUGCAGGCGCCGCCUCCCCCCCUCCCCCCCACCCCAGCUGCCUCACAGGGUUCCCUCUCUGCUGCCGCAGGUGGGGGGGGCCCCUUUGGGAGCUCGCUAGGAGGAGGCAAGCCCCGCCCUCCUACCUUUUCCAAACCUCCUCCCAUACGAGACAGCCUGCCCCAGGAGCGAGGCCAGGUGGGCCCGCUCUGUGAGCCGCCCCUGCCUCCCAUGUCCCCGGGGUCCCCCCUGUGCUGGGGGGAUCUGUGGGGUCUUGUGUCACAAGCUGCACAAAGACUUUUCUCAAACCACUAUUCAGGGAUUUCUGUCCUGCAGGGCGGGGAGGCAGCAGCUGCCUGCCCUGCCGAGGAUCUUGCUGUGGACAAAACUUUGGGGAGGUUGGGGGACACGUGUAGCAUCUUCUGGCUUUCUGGGACCUCCCAGUCCCUUCCUAGGACCUGGGAGCAGACCCCAGAGGGGUCUGUGGCCAAGCCAGGCACCUUCCUAAGAGCCCAGGGCUCCCUCCUCUGCCCCCAAGGGCUAUAGAAGUGGCCGAAAGGGGGAGGAGUCCUCAGCCCACCCCUGGCCAAGCCACAGCCCAGAGCACCAUGGCCUGGGUGGGCCCAGGGAGGCCUGCCCCCUAGCAAGGCCAGCACUCCGCCUUAGCCCCUCCAGCUCGGCUGGCCUCUCCUCCCUGCUCUGCAGGGGCCACCACCCAUCCCCCCAGGAAGUGGAAUCCGGUGGGAAUGGAGGGGGGCACCCACCGAGGAAGCUGUGAAGGACCUGGGGAUGGGCAAGGCCGAGGGAGCGGGCGUCUCCCUACCCCAUCUCACAGCCACUUUUCUCUCGGGUUCUACCGCCACUGUGUCGGGUUUUUUCUUAAAUAAAUGGAGGCGACCAGAUUGGAGGUGGGGGCAGCAGCUCCCAGAGAACAGACA